AUGGGCUACUCACUUGGUAAAUUUGAUUCAAGUGCAUCAUUCUAUGCUACAAAUACCUCAAAACUAGGAAAAAAUGAGAUUCACAUUUAUCCUCUACAGCAUGAAAGUUCCAAAAUCACAGCUCCAAAUUCAUUAAGCUCAUCAUUCGAGUUGGAUUCUCAAGAUGAACUAGUGACUUUCGAUUGGAUUCAACAAAAGGACUUGGCAAAUGGGAAAAAAACAAAAAGAAGACAUUCCUUGAAUGGAUCAGCUCGUGAAUCAUCAAGUUCUUUGAGUUAUUUAGCUGUAUCUUUUAAGUCAGGCUCAAUUUUGAUUUAUUCACCAUUUAAGAAAGAAAUCAUAAAUGAAUUCAAAACGGAUCACAAGAUUUCUGCAUUAGCAUCAUCUGCAAACUCCUUUUGGGUUGCUUCAUCUACUGAAGUUUAUGAAUAUGAGUUGAAUGAUUCAAAACCAAAAAAUCAAAGAACAUUACCAAUGUCAUUGAAGGAAAUUACAUUCUUAAAGCAUGUCAUCAUAGAUGAUGAUGAAUACCUUCUUGCUGGUGGAAACAAACUAGUUGUCUAUAAUAUCACAAAAGAUGAGUUAAUCAUAGAAUAUCCAGCACCAAAAGGGAAAAAAUCAAUCACCAUAAAUUCAAUUGCAUAUAUAGAUGACCACGUUCUUAUAUCAAGAAAUGGAGAAUCAAGCAUCCACAUCUACUCAUUGAAAAACAAAAGCACAAGACGUACGUUAGCAGCAUCUGCUGAGAUCAAAUCAUUAAUCACCAUUGAUGGCUCAGACAUUGGUGCCUUAACUAAAGAUUGUACUAUUGAAAUUUUCAAAAAAGUCUUGGAUGAAAGCACUACAUCACCAGCAUUCUCAAUAAAAUCAAGCAACACGGACAUAGGAUUUGCAGCUGCCUCAUUCAGCCGAGAACAACUAGUAUUAUCUUGGUUUGAUCUUGAACCAAACUUUGAAGCUGUUAGACUCUCUAAGGUUUCCGCUGAUCUUGAAAUCAACACCAAACAAACUUUAAAGACCAAUAAACAAGAUAAUAGAGUUGCUGAACAGAUCAUUGCUGAUAUAGAAUUUGAUGAAACUCUUGAAGUGAGAGAUAUUGAUCUUGCAACUUUAAUAGAAACCACAUUGAAACAACCAUCAGAGUUAUUAACUAUUUUAAUCUCAAAUCCUGAUGUAAACAAGAUUAGAUUUGCAUCCUCAGAAUUAUCAUUUGAAAAUGCUGUUGAAUUAUUCAAAAUAUUGAAAGAAAGAGUUGAAAUCAACCCAAGUGAAUCACCUGUCUUCAACAACUGGAUCAAAUGGUUAUUGAUGACCCAUACGAGUGCAAUCAACUCUUCUGCUAACCUAAAGAGUUUGAAAGGUGCCUACUCUAGAAGUUUGAAACAAUUACCAAACCUGUUAAGUCUUCAAGGUAGAUUAGAGAUGUUACAAUCACAAUUACAAUUGAGAAACCAAAUUGCAAGCAAUGAAAUUAUUGAAUCAUCCACCAAAGAUCCAAUUGAACAAGCUGAAGAAAGUAUUGUCUAUGUCAAUGGUGAAAAUGAUGAAGCUGAGGAUGAUGUUAUCGGUUCAGUUGGGAACUCUGAAAGCGGAGAGCAUACAUCUGAUGAAGAAGAGGAAGAAACAGCUGUUAAUGGUGGUGCUUUAGAAGAAGCUAAUGAAUAG